UGUUCCGGCAUGGAUGUGUGGAUGUACAGCUGUAUAACGAAGGAAGUAUAUUUGCUAUCAAGUGUGGAUUAUUUUGCGAAUUAAUUUCUAACAUCGUAUCAGGCAUCGAUAACCUAUUGAUGCUAUGCUCUCGACAAGUGGUUUUCUAACCUUGCACGGUAUCAGAACCAUAAAUAGUGCGAUUCCGCAACGAACAGUCACCUUCAUCAACUGAAACUUGAAACUCUGUCUGUGCAGUGACAAUCGAUACGUGACAGGUAUAACACUACUAGCUGCUGUGAAAACUGCAUUUUGCUAGAGGGAAAAGAUGGCACCACUUCGUUGGGGAAUUGCAAGCGCCGGCAAGAUUUCACACGAUUUCACAAAUGCCGUCGGAACGCUACCGGCAACGGACCAUCUAGUGGUGGCUGUAGCUGCUCGGAAACUGCAGGAUGCUGAAAACUUUGCGGCCCAGCAUGGUAUCGGAACGGCUCACGAAGGGUAUGAGGCGUUGGCAAAAAAUCCAAACGUUGAUGUCGUUUACAUUGGGGCGGUUAAUAACGCACACUACGAGUUAGGGCUGUUGAUGCUGGAGCACGGAAAGCAUGUGUUGUGUGAGAAGCCGCUCUGCCUGAACGAAGGCCAAUCGAGUCGACUGGUCAAGCGAGCGGCUGAGCGGAAACUCUUCCUGAUGGAAGGUAUUUGGUCGCGGUUUUUCCCCUUCUAUCGUCAGCUUCGGGAGCGUAUUGCCCGUGGAGAUUUGGGCGAGAUUCGCGAGGUGGAGGUCGAGUUUGGAUUUGUACUGUCCGACAUCGAUCGCUUGCGGCUGAAAAGUCUCGGAGGUGGUACCGUGCUGGAUCUAGGUGUCUACACGAUCCAGGUGUGCCUGUGGGCUGUCGGUGGCAAAGCUCCCGAAAAAGUGGUUGCAUCUGGUAUAACCAACGAUGAUGGUGUUGAUGUGGAGGUAACCGCAGAAUUGCACUUUCCUGGCGGCACGAUUGCACGUAUGAAAACGAGUGCUUUGCGUCAGCUGAAGAAUGUCGCAAUAGUGCGUGGCAGUAAAGGCAGUGUAACGCUGCAUGAUUUCUGGUGUCCAUUGAAGCUGACCGAUGUGGAUGGUACAACACGCGAAGAUACGUUACCUACCGCUCGACAUCCUUUCAACUUUAUGAACAGUUGUGGUUUACGAUACGAAGCAGAGGAAAUAAGGCAAUGCAUUGCAGCUGGUCGACUGCAAUCGACGUCAGUAUCACAUGCAGAUAGUUUGACGAUUGCACAUAUUCAAGACGACAUACGGAAGCAGAUUGGAGUGACCUUCCCGGAAGAUACCCAUUUCGCUAUAUAAUGGUUCAAGCUUUGUAAGAAGUCGAUAGAAAGAAAGGGAAUAAUGUAUAACCUAUUUUAAUUAUUGGCACAUAUUCAUCCAAAUCAUAACGAUACAUAUUCAAUGAUUAAUACAAAGUACCUUAGAAGUACCUGGAUCAAAAAUUGUAAGUUGUUUAACACGACUAAGCCCUGCAUGAAAUGCAGAUGAACAAGCUUCCACCAUUAUAAUUCGAAUAUGCUGUGGGCUUCCCCCUGUGGACACUGAUCACAAUAUUCAACGAUCACUAGAAGCCCCACGAUAUGGAGAUGGUUUACAUGAUUGAGUUAUUGAUUAGUUCCGAAUUUUACGACAGGUUGUAUCAAAUUGAGAUAGUUAUAAUAGAGUAUGGAAUUUAGGAAAGCAAAUUUCAUAUUACAUGAAAUUCAAGUUUAUUAUUAGAUAUCAAAUGCACCUAUGGAGUUUCUUUUUUUACUUGCGAACUGGCGUUUCAUUGUGUAACUUGUUUCAUGGUUUUGUGGUCACUGUCAACACUGUCACUGUGUUUUGUUUGAAUGAUCAUUUUUAAUCGAACAAAAUAUCUUCAUUACUUCAAUACAUGCUUUAAAAAUAUCUCAUGCUAAAUUUAUUUCCAUAUUUUCUCAGCAAAUAAA